AUGUACUCUGACACAGAACAGGAUUCCCUGGGUGCUAUGGAGAAGGUGUGUCGUCAGUUGAUGUACCACUUGAGCCCUCACUCCCAGUGGCGCAGGCAGGGGCUCCUGAAGAGCAAGCCUCAGCCCAGUCUGAAAGCCGCCCUCUCUUCCCCUCCUGUGGGCGGUACCGUGGACGUCUCUGGUGUGCCACUGGGUGUACUGGACACGGAGCACCUGGCUGCCCACCUCUGCCUGCACGCCGCCCGUGUGCGAAGCCUUGAGUUGGGCUUUACCGAGCUCACAGACCAGGCACUGCUAUUGCUGCUGCCCACGCUGGCCACGCUGCCCUGCCUCCAGACGCUGGCGCUCAACGGCAACCGGCUGACGCGCAUCGUCCUCCGCCAGCUCACCGACGCCCUCAAGGACCCGCGCUGCUUCCCCACCCUCACCUGGAUGGACCUGGGCAACAACGUGGACAUCUUCUCCCUCCCCCAGCCCUUCCUCAUGGGCCUGAGGAAGCGCUGCCCCAAGCAGGGCAAGCUGCCCACCAUCCAGGAACAGGGAGAGGCCCAGGGACAGGGGGGCCAUGCCCAGGGAGAAGACCAUAACGGCAGGCCACCCGAAGGGGAAAGCAGGGCUAGAGCUGGGGCCUCUGGUGAGUGGCAGGGAUGGAGGACACUGGACGAGACUGAGGAAGAGGAGUUAGAGGGUGAGCUAUGGGACUGUAACAUGAGGAUGCACAAGAUUGAAAAGAGUGCAACGAAGAGUAAGUGAAAGAGAGAUCCAAUUAAUGGAGACAGAGGACAAAAUGAUUUAAAGAGCGUUGCGCCCAGUGGCGGGGAGAUUGAUGAUCACGGGUCCCCUCAGUCAACCAAUCAGACCUGAAAUCUUUUUUGGGGCUGCGUAUUGAGUGAGGUGAAACAUUCAGAAAGUUGCAGAUAGAAAUGUCAUGAAUAGAGCUGACACCAUUCCCUAUUCUGCAUGACAGACAAUCAUUUCUACACAAUGCAUUACUAUCUGUAACAUUGUGCUCUUCUGAACAGGCCCCCUGUACAUGGGUACUAUUAACACCUCUAGAAUUGCAAUAUUCUGGUAACUUUUCCAAAAUUCCCAGGUUUUCCAGGUUGGAAGAUUCCCGGAAUCAGGAGGGAAUGAACUUCGGAAUUUUGGUAAAGUUACAGCAAGUCAAAUAAAGAUUAGUGCAAACUGGAAGUGUGACUUCUUUCCCUAAUGAUUUCCUAAGGCUGAGGUAUUUUGUCAGUUAUCAGUUAUUCCUUACCAAGGCUAGAUGAGGCUGAAUGGCAACAACACCACACAUAACUGCAAUGCAACUAAUUAAUCUCAUUAGUACAUGACUGUUCAGUCUAUUGAAUAUUCCAUCAAUGAACAGAUGGAUUUCUUGGCUGAAUGAAUGUUUUAUUAAUCCUUCAAAAUGGACACACACCUACACAAAGGAAGUUGAUCAAAUAAAGUUAUUGACAGGAAAAGUAAUUUACUACAGUUAUACACAGCCUUUCCCCUUCAUUUGCUUAACUGGGGGAAUGGGAUGGAGAAAUGAUUUACAAAAGGCAGGGUGGGGCUCAACUGGAGGAAUGGGAUGGAGAAAUGAUUUACAAAAGGCAGGGUGGGGCUCAACAGGCUGAAUGUUUCCCAAAGUGCACCUUAUUCCCUAUAUCUUUGCCCUGUAUAAUGCACUACUUUUUACCAGAGCCGUAUGGGCCCUGGUCAAAAUUAGUGCACUAUGUAUAGGAAAUAGGGUGGCAUUUGGAACACAUUCCAUGUGUGGAUGAGGCCACCUGAAAUCAAUGGCUGCAUACAUUUUACAUUUUAAAAUUUUUGUCAUUUUGGUUAGGUCAGGGUGUGA